UUUGCGUCUAAAUACAAAACUUUAUUCUUGUGAAUUCUACAUUAUUAUUCUUAUUAAUUUUCUUUUGAAAUUGUUUUUAUGUGAAUAAUAGUUACAAAAAUAGUGCGGGUAACAAAUUAUUUUAUCACGGUCAUCAAUCAAAAGGAAAACAGGAAGCACAAAUUCUUCACAUUUCACAUUCCGGUAUUCCGAUCCUUUGCAGACUCCAAAUAAAACUAAAACAAAUUAAUAGGUCAUAUUGUAAUAAUUGCAAAUAAGAUGUGACACACACAUUACAAUCUGCAAGAGAUUGCUUUUAGCGAUAAGACCACAUUUUGUAAUUACUUUACUAUUUCCUGUAUUUUCUUAUUGUUUCAUCUCUGUAUACAUUAAAGAGCUUCAUUAUUAUUAUUUCUUAAACUUCAAAAAAAAUCUUAUCUCCCCUCUUAACAAGAGGAGAUGGCAACUUACCCCCGGCAGAAGCACAGUCGGCCGGGGUUCAGGGCCCCAGGGAGAGUAACCAGCUUACAUUAUUAUUAUUAUUAUUGCAAUUAAUACUACAUUUUAUAAGAUUUAUCUCAACUCUUAUGAUGACUCUUCUCUUAUAUGUUAUGAAUAUAGUCAAAUAUAUGAAAUAAAGUAGUUUAAUACUAAUAAUGUUAUGUUCUAAGUGAACAAGAACAGACUGAAUCUAUGUAAACAAUUGCUUAAUGUUAUAUACUAAUAAAAAUAAAAAAAAUAUAUAAACAUUGGAUAUAUAGUUUUAAUAUAAGAUUUAUGUUGUUGUAAACGAAGUAAAUUGUAAAUUCUGGCAAGCAUGCAGGAACCAUUUUAGAUAGGACAUAAAAUGGAUUCAUAUAUUGUCACUAAUUAUGGACAAUGCCGAUGUUGUUUAUCAAGAGGAAACCACAAAGAUAUGAUGAAGGAAUAUUACAAAAAUGGUAUACGUGAGGUGUAUAUAGAUUUAUAUACAGAAUGUUUUGGUGUAUAUCCAACUCGUAAUUCUAAGAUAACAACAUUAAUAUGCACAAAGUGUGUAGAAAGGUUGAGAGACGCCAGCGAAUUCAAGAUGAUGGUCAUAAACUCGGAGAGACAGCUGAUGGAUGCUCUUAACAAUAUCGAUGAAGAAGACAAAAUGUUUGUAUUUGCUGAUGUGAAUGAAGUCAACAAUGAUAUUAAGCAUACACUACCAUUGGCUGUGAAGGAAGAACUGUCAGAUGCUCACAGUAAUACAUACUCAGAUGACUGGACAAUUGAAGAUGCUGGAGAUUCCAACCACAAACAAUUAGUGGAAGGAGAGGCAGAGUUCCUGGCUCGGUUCACACUUGAUUCAUUAAAGGCUCUCCCCACACGAUCGUCAUUAAGAGAUUCGUGUGCUGAGUAUUUCAGGCAUCUGGAAUUAUUGAAAGGAAAGGUGAUAUCUGCCAAAAUGCUUCAGUACCUCAUAGAAGAGCCACCGGACAACAUAACGCCAAUAGAUAUAAAUAAAAAACUUAAACACAAUUUAAAUAAAGAAAAACACGACGAAACCAACUACACUGGCGCCAUUUCAGAGAAAAUGGCGCACGUUGUCAACAUUGCAAUUUUACUGGAAUUUUCAAAUUUAACCGCCUUCAAAACCAAAUACAAAAAUGGCUUCCCAUGUUUCUAUUGUAACAGUAUAUUUGAUAGCUUACAUAUUUUACGAGACCAUCAAACAACACAUUACAAAACUAAUAUAAAGAAGUUAAUUCUAAAAAAAUAUAGGCCAGGCAGACCCGACUGCUUAGUGGUGUAUGCAGACAUAGACAAUCUAAAAUGCACGAUAUGCAACGAAAAUAUAAUAAGUUUGAACGAUUUAAAAUUACAUUUAAUUAAUACACACAAAAAGAAAAUGUAUACAAACGUCACAGACAGGGUUAUACCGUUCAAAAUGGCGGGAAAUUGUUAUAAAUGUCAAAUCUGCGGUUUCGACUUUGAGACGUUUGGCGCCAUUGAACGUCAUAUGAACACGCAUUAUAGGAAUUACGUUUGCAACGAAUGCGGUUCUGCUUUUAUAACGAAACAACGUUUAAAAGUACACACGUACAGUUUACACGCCCACAGUGUAAAAAUAACGUACUGUGACAUUUGCAAAAAGGAGUAUCCGUCGCAUAAAAAGUACAAAAUUCACUAUGACGUUGUGCAUAAGAUGCUUAGAAAAAUUAAAUGUUCGAAAUGUCCCGCCAGGUUUGCAGACUAUUUUGUAAGACAGAAGCAUUUAGUCGACGUUCAUGGGGAUACGCCUAUAUUGUAUACUUGUAAAGUAUGCGAUAAGUCUUUUACAAGACGGUACUCUCUCUCCAGUCAUAUAAAAAAGGAGCAUUUAGAAGAGCGGGAUGUACAUUGCUCGCUAUGUACACACACGUGUUUCAAUAGUUACGAAUUAAAGGCGCAUAUGGUUAAGAAACACGGCGAAAGGUUGUUCGAUUGUGGCGUUUGUAAAAAGUCAUAUGCCAGUCAGAAGAGUUUGGCUGAACAUCAGCGGAUACAUAACAAUGAAAGGAGGUUCUCGUGUGAUAGUUGUGGACAUACGUUUGUUCAGCGAAGCAGUUUGAAAGCUCACUUGAAAACUCAUUAUUAUGAGGGUUAAUAAAUAU